CCUAUUAUAUUGUAUCUAUAGGCAUUUAGUACGUGCAAACGUAAGUGUUCGCGCGUGUCUAGAACGUUCGCGAAUGAUUAAAUAAAACUUGGUACAAAUUAAAAAUUAAAUUAAAACUGUUAAAGAUCAAAGACAUUUACAGCUACCUGUGUUACGUGAAGAUAUUUAAAAUUUUCCCUCGGGCGCAGCCGUCACCCAACUGCAAACAUGAAGUCUUUAAUUAGUACAAUUCAAAGCAACAUCAAAUGGAAGCAUCACUCUUACACGAUUGACAAUGUCUUCUUUCGGUUGCAUUACCGUGUUACCAUGUGUGUGCUGAUGAUAAUAGUGCUGAUGGUCAGUUCACAGGAGCUCAUCGGUGAACACAUCAAAUGCAUCGGUGUGACCGACAAAGAUGUUUUAAAAAUUGUCAAUCGAUACUGCUUCUUUACCACUACGUUCACUGUGGUUAAGUACAUGAACUCCACCAUGUUGGACCGCGCAGAUAUUCUGUAUCCCGGCGUGGGGGCCCACGGAAAGUUGGAAGAUGAAGAGGUUAAGUAUCAUGCUUACUAUCAAUGGGUUCCAAUGGUUUUGUUUGCCCAAGCACUACUUUUCUAUAUUCCACAUAAAAUUUGGAAAAAGAAGGAAGGUCAACGCAUUAUGAAGCUCAUUGAUGGUUUAGAAUAUGCUUCUAUGGCUAAAGAUGAAUUUGAAAGACCUAUAACUAUACUGAGCAAAAAAGUUCCAACCUCAAAAGAAGUGGAAACUCAAUUUGGUAAAAUUAAAAAGUACCUGGCUGAUAGUCUUAUAGUCAAUCAGAACUGGACACUUUGGCUCAUCAUCUGCGAGUUUAUGAACCUUGCUAACCUUCUUUUGAACAUUUGGCUAACAAAUGCUUUCCUAAACGGACAUUUCUUAAGCCUAGGUCCAAAAUUAAUGCGUGAAGGUCUAGAUUCAAACGUGGAUCCUCUCGACGUAGUAUUCCCAAAGAUGACAAAAUGCAUCUUUUACAAAUACGGUCCUUCCGGAACACUACAACCCAUUGAUUUAGUCUGUGUCAUGGCGUUGAAUAUCAUCAAUGAGAAAGCAUACGCCUUUCUUUGGUUCUGGUUCAUGAUUGUGCUUGUAUUAUCAAUUGUCAACUUAAUUUGGCGUCUGGUCACGAUGUGUUUCUACUCUCGCAGCGCUUGGUUCAACAAAAUCGUCUUUAGUCUUGCCAGCUCUGGUCGUAUCAACGUAUGGAAACUUAUGAUAGUAACACGUGACUAUGGCUAUUCAGACUGGCUGUUUAUGGUAUACCUUGCCAAAAAUAUGAACAGUUUAGUUUUCAUAAAAUUCCUCGAUGGAUUGGCUGCGGAAAUCCAAAAAUCACCCGAACCUGUUAAUUACUUUGAUAAUUUACUAGACCAUGACGGUGGUACUACAUACACUAAAGAAAAUGAGAAGAUUCACAAAGAUAAACUAUAUCCUUCUUAUUCUGAUGAAUUUUUGAUCAAUAAAUCCAACUCUGAUUUGGAUACUUUACUAAAAAAAGAAAGAGAGAGCAGGUACAGUAAAGAGGAAAAGGCCAGCACUGUAAAAAUGUAUCCAUCAGAUAAUGACGAUCAGUUAAACAGCAACUCUGAAUCAGACUUGGACAACGAACCAGAACUAGAACAACAAAAACCUGAAGAGGAAAGUCCCUAUGCCACGUUGAAGAAACGACCAGUUCCCGCAAAACGCGCUACAGCUCCUCCAGCGGAUAAUACCACAGAAAAAAAAGAGUAGAGUAGAGAUUUGAUAAACUUAUCAAAAUAUUUAAUGAUAUUAAUGUACUUAAACUUUAAUUUAAACUCAUUGUGAUUGUGACUAUGAUAUACGCUGUAAAACUCACGUAGGCAUUAAUUGCUUAAACACCUCUUAACUUAAUCAUUAUUUAUUAAGUUUGUAGUAAAGUUAUUGCUACCUGUUUUGACGCGUGCGCUAUUUUGCCAUCAGGCCAGUCAAUCAACUUAAACGAGCAAUAACCGUACGAACAAUUAAGUUAUUUAUUUUGUAAGCUGACGUACUUUUAUAAUCAUCAAUCAAAAUCAUGUAGACGUAAAAAAUCGAUAACAUUUAUUUACACUUAGCUACAAAAUGCGUAUUAUUUUUUGAAGAGUGUGUGAUAAGACUAGACUAGUCUAGUAUCUUAUCUUAAGUAAUGUUAUUUGUUAUAAAUUAAUAUAUUUUUUUGAAGUUGGUUGGUAACAACA